AUGGAACUCGUGUUCGCUGCAUUUUUUCUGUGUCUUAGUGCACUGGGACCUGUUACAGCUAUUAGACUGGAUGGAAAUGGGUACACUGAUAUCCUUAUAGUCAUCAGCCCUGCUGUGCCAGAGAAUGAAGAACUUAUCAAUCAAAUCAAGGAAAUGCUCAUCAGUGGAUCAGAAUAUCUGUUUGAAGCUUUAGAUCACAAGGUGUUCUUCAAGGAGGUCAAAAUACUAGUGCCACCAACCUGGAAAACAAGAAAGUAUGAGACAGCAAAAACAGAAUCCUUCAGCAAGGGCAGAAUAAGAAUUGACAGCCCACAUCCUGUAUUUGGUGAUGAGCCCUACACUCAUCAGACCGCAGGUUGUGGAAAUGAAGCUGAAUUUAUUCAUUUUACACCAAACUUCUUGUUAAACAAAUUUUUUAUUAAACCAUAUGGACCUAAAGGAAAGGUUUUUCUGCAUGAAUGGGCUCACCUCAGAUGGGGGGUAUUUGAUGAAUAUAAUAUGAAACAACGCUUUUACUGGUCUUCUGGUCAAAUUAAACAUACAAGUUGUACAGAUAAGAUUUUUGGCCAGUGGUAUGAAAUUGUUAAUCAAGAUAUUCACCCUUGCCAGACUGGUAAAGAUGGCUUACCCACAUCUAGUUGUCAGUUCCUUCCAGAAGCAGUGCAAAUUACAAAUGCCUCUAUAAUGUACAGUCAAACUAUAGAUUCUACAACAGCAUUUUGUCAAGAAGAGGAACACAACAUUGAAGCACCCAAUGAGCAGAAUGACAAGUGUGGAAAAGCCAUACGAACUGUAAUCUUUCAAGACUCAGUAGAUAAAGAUGCCCUCCACAAUCUAAAGCCUCUUCAAUCUGCACCACCAGCACCAACAUUUAAAGUGAUACAGAGAGGAUCUCGGGUUGUCUGUCUCGUCCUUGAUGUCUCAGGAAGCAUGCAAGGUGCAAGAAUAAAACAACAACAUCAAGCUGGUACGCUUUUCUUGCGCGAGAUCAUAGAUGAAGAACAGUUUGUGGCUCUUGUGACUUUUAGUAGUGACGCUCAAAUACUAAGUCCUUUGACUUUAAUAAAUGGACAGGCUUCAAGAGAUAGUCUAGUUAACAAGUUGCCAAAAGUUGCAGCUGGAGGUACAUAUAUCUGUAAGGGACUCAGAAAAGGCUUUGAGGCUCUUAAAAGCGAUGAUGGUAAAACAAUAGGAGAUGAAAUAAUUUUUCUGACAGACGGGGAAGCAAGUGAUAAUGUUCAAGAUUGUUUACAGGAAGCUGUUCAAAGUGGUGCAAUCAUUCACACUAUAGCAUUUGGCCCAAAGGCAGACAAUGUACUAAGAACCAUGGCAGAUCAAACAGGCGGAAUCUUUAAAAUAGCCAAAGACUCUCUACUUUCCAACCAGCUUGUGGAUGCCUUUUCAUCAAUUACAGUGUUUGAUGGAAAUCCAAACACACAGCCCUUACAGCUUGAAAGCACUGGAAAGCUUGUUACAGAUUGGUUCAAUGGAACAGUUCCCAUUGACCGGACUGCAGGAAAACACACCACUUUUACAUUAAUUUAUGAAAAAAGUGCACCUACUGUGUACAUACAGUCACCGAGUGGUUUAGCUUAUGACGAGAGAAACACCACUGACACUGCUAACACAAUCACUUUAACUGUUCCAGGAAUUGCGGAGCCAGGAGAUUGGAAAUACAGCUUUCUCAACAGAGAAACAGCUGCUCAGCAGAUGAGUUUAACAGUAAUGAGUCGAGCAGCUCGUGAAGAUGUUCCCCCAGUCACAGUUACAGUUAGAAUGACCAAGCAGAGGAGUGAUGGCUCCAAACCCAUCGUGUUGGCUGAGGUCAGUCAAAAUUACAAUCCUGUGUUGGGGGCCAGAGUUUGGGCGACCAUGGAGUCAGAUUCAGGGCACUCAGAACAACUGGAACUCUUUGAUAAUGGAGCAGGUGCUGAUGCUAUCAAAGACGAUGGAGUCUAUACCAAAUAUUCUACAAAAUUAAAAAUGGGAAAAUACAGUUUAAAAGUGCGAGUGGAAAAUCAAGAUGGACAAGUCUUGUAUUCAUUACACAGACACAGUGGUUCUCUGUAUGUCCCUGGAUAUAUUGAUAAUGGUAAAGUGAUAUUACACCCUCCUAAGCCACCAGUAAAUGUGCAAAGAGAGAACAUUGGUAGAUUCACCAGAACACUAACUGGGGAGAGUUUUGUGGUGGAAGCUGAGGGACCCUCAAACUUCCCUCCAAGCAAAAUCACAGAUCUGAUUGCGAAAAUCCAGGAGGACACUGUGUUUCUUUACUGGACGGCUCCUGGUGAGGAUUAUGAUCAGGGAACAGCCCAAUCCUAUGAAAUCAGAUGGAGUAAAGAUUUCAAGGUGCUUCGAUACAACUUCAAUGGCGGUAAUUUAGUCAACACUUCAGGACUUCUGCCCCAAGAAGCAGGCUUGGCUGAACAAUACAUUUUUCAGCCUAAUAUUACAAUUGAAAAUGCCACUACACUUUUCUUUGCUAUUCAAUCAAUAGACCAACAGUUAGCAAAAUCGAAGGUAUCAAACAUUGCUCGAGCAACAAAGUAUGUCCCAAAUCCAGGCCUACCAAUUUCCUUUAUCCUAAUUGCUAUCAUUGUAUCAGUCUGUGUUGUAACCCUUGUGACAUGUGUGAUAAUUGUGGUGACCAUAAAGGCACUGAAACGAAAGGAAAAUUGAUAUUAAGGGUCUGUCAUUUUCCUGUUCCAUGCUUCAUGUUAUUUGCCUGAUAAAGAUCUCAAGUUUCUCAUUUUUCACAAAUAUAUUGUUCACAAAUUCACACACAUUAUGAAAAUUGAAAAAUCAAAUCAAGCUGUUUAAAAAAUCUUAGUAAUAGAACUAUAAAUCACAGUAAAAAAAACAUGGUUAAAUGUUUUUUGCUUUAA